AAAUCGGUUCGUGCGUUCAGGAGUUAUAUCGUCAGGAAGAAAAACUCGACUUAUUUUUAUAUUAUAGAUGACACAAUCAAAGAAAUCCUCAAUACAAAAAUGAGUUCGUCAUUUGCCCUGCUACUGCGAGGGGAACUGCAGAAUUAUAAGAGGAAGAAGCCUGGUCGCAGGUGGAACAUGGAGACUAAAAUAAUAGCAUUGAGGCUCUACAAGAGGUCACCAACAAGCUACAAAUUGCUCAGGAGAAUGAUUUGUUUACCAGCACCCAGCACAUUAAAAUCCCUCUUAAGUAAAUUUAAGAUGAAUGUGGGGACACACAAAAUAAUACUAACAAUGUUGAAAAAAACAACAAAACACUUUAGCCCCUCUGAACGUGAGUACAUAUUGUUGUGGGAUAAAAUGUCCUUAAGAAAAAAAUUAUGGUACAAUCCUAACCCUCUAUGGCAUACUAGGGCUAAGGCGGAUUUAAUUGAAGGAUUUCAAGACCAUGCUACACAAGGUAGAUCUCCACAGGCAGCUUUAUAUGCCCUUGUGUUUAUGGUAGUUGGAGUUAGAAAGUAUUUUAAGCAGCCAGUGGCUUAUUAUUUAUCAAGUGGUUUUGUCACAGCUGACAGACUAUCUGCUUUGAUUAAGGAGGUAUGCAUGUCUCCGACAACAGGCAAAAACACCCCACAAAAUGUCAAAGACGUACAAGAGACAAAAUAAUGCUUAUGAAUGCAAAAAAAAAAUGUAGAAACGGAACGCACCUUUUGACAUUGACAAAUUUAAAAGUUGUCAAUGAAAGUUUUCGUAAAAACAGCGGUCGUUUUCCCAAAAGUUGGAGAUUCUAUGCAAAUAUGCCGAAAAAAAAUCCGGUAACUACUAAAAACUUCUUAAUCUUGUAACUUUAUGAUGUUUUCAAUAUAUUUGUUGUUAUAGUUAUAAUGAAAUUGUGUUGGUGUGGUGGGAAUUAAGGUGCUUUGGGGUAAGAUCGGCGCAGGGUAAGAACGUACAAAUCAAAUUUCCCACUUAUUUGGCUAUAUGAUGAUGGUGAGACCAAAAAUAAUAUUGAUGAUUCGAAGAAAUAUAGUAUUGGGGAUACAGUUCUUGUUAGAUAUUUCAAACGAACUUGGACAUAUUACGUUGGGUAUCAUUGAAAAUAUUGAUAUCAAUUCCAAUCCAAAUAUGUACAAAAUAACAUUCUAUAGAAAUGUUGGCAAGAAAAACAACAUAAAAUUCAUUGAGUUAUAAUGUACUACGUACUAGAGAAGACGCCUCAACUCGAUUGUUUGUAACACGAGUUAGAGCGCGCGCACUCCAACUCACUUAGUCUGCCUUCUAAAUUAUGCCUUCGUGUGCAUUGAGAUACUGUUCACACAAACAAACAUAAGUAAAAGUCAUGGAGUGACUUUUCACCAGUAAGUUCAUUUAUUAUCUUUAAAACACGCUUAAUUGAAUUAUAAUUUUUCAAUUGCAACGCGUCACCGCGGCGGCGGCCAUGUUUACGUAAAUGUCAAAGAGUAAAACAUUUGUAUGCGUAGACUUGACACUAUCGACGUAUAUACGACGACGAUAAUAAUGUUAAUGUUAAAUGUUGGAUUUAAAGGUUUCCUCGGCCGUGUCAGGAAACAAGAGAAUUAUGGAUUAAAUUUGUCCAGAAGGAUCGCAGCGAAGAAACGUGGUUACCUUCAGAUUAUUCACGCAUAUGUUCCGUGCAUUUUCAAGAAAACGACAAAUACACCACAAAGACAGGAAGAGUGUACUUAAAGAAAUCUGCAGUACCACGCGAUAACGUAAUUAUAUUACUGAAUAAUAUUGCUGGGAUUUUUAUCUUGUUUUGUGAUUAGAAAUAUUUACUUUUUGUGAUGCCCCGUAAGCCGUAAGCAUACUGAAGUAUGCUUACGGGACUUGUGAGAGGCGUAACUAGUAUAAUAUACUAGUAAUACUAGUAAUAUAUAACUGAAGAGGAACAAGAAAAGUUAAAAGAUCACAUCCUAGAAAAGAAAGCAAGCUAUAGAAGGUUUGCUGCUCAUCAAAAACUACAUAGUCUUAACAAUGAUACUGUCACUUCUAGUUUCGACUUGCAAAAAGUCUUAAACACCCCUCAUGGGGAAAGUAUGUUACUCUAUUAUUCACGAAAAUAUGCAGUCUAUAAUUUUACUAUUUACGAAAGUAGUACUCAAGAUGGAUAUUGCUUCACAUGGGGAGAAAGUGAUGGAAAAAAGGGCAGCGAUGAAAUCGCAACUUGCUUGUAUCAAUAUUUAAAAAUUGCUGAUGAAAAAGGCGUUCGUAAUUUACUGUUCUAUUGCGACUCGUGUGGGGGACAAAACAAAAAUAAAACCGUUCUAGCCACAUUAAAUUAUUACUUAAUGUUUUCUAAAUCUAGCCACAUUAAAUUAUUACUUAAUGUUUUCUAAAAACUUACAAGUUAUCCAAAUAAACUUUUUACUGCCGGGACAUACUUAUAUGCCAGCAGAUUCAAUGCACGCUACAAUAGAGAGGGAAGUUAAAAGAAUCAUAGUUUGGAGUCCAUCUCAGUGGCCUUCAUUUUUUCAAUCAGCUAGAAAGCGGCCAAGGCCUUAUAUAGUCAAUGUGAUGGACUACUCAGAUUUUUUGAACUGGAGUGAAAUAGCGUCAAACACUUUUACAAAAGAAACCUUAAAGAAUAUUAAUUGGAGAAACAUUAGAGUAGCAACCAGUACCGGCGUUAGGGUAGGGCGCGGUUGGGCGACCGCCCAGGGGCGCCGGAUCAAAAGGGGCGCCGCAGGCCGCGGCGCCCAUUUUCGUCCGGCGCCUCUAUCUGAUUCUUUAUAAUUUUCCACAGGCACCCCCUUAUUGUUCCCUCGCUCAUUGAGCAAGGCCCAC